AUGACGUGUUCUCUCGGAAGAUCUUUGUUGGAUGAUGGAAGUAUGAUGAGGAAGUGGCAUGGAUGAGGAAGUGGACAACCAACAAGAACAUGAGAGAUGGUGACACAAGCAACAAAGAAUGAUGGCACAAAAAACGUGACAAUAGAAAAAUGAGAGCCAGUAGAGGAAUAGCGAUGGGAUCGAUAGUGUUGUUGCUGCUGCUCUUAUCUUCUUGCGUUCCUCUUAUUCAAGGCUUUUCGAGUUUGCCAGUCUCCAGUAUUGGUCGUCAUUCCCCUCGUAAUACGCAAUGCUAUUCAUUCAAAAAGCAGAGACUUCAUGCAGAACCAAGAUCCAUCUCGGAUAGUCUUGACAAGGACGACAGCUUGGUACUUGAAGCAGGAUCGGGUAGCUGGUGCUAUUGGUCCACAGCCUACGAAUUGGCUCAAGCUGGGACCGUUGGAUCUAUUACAGGACUAUCAGUGGCAGCUUUCAAGUUGUCCAUUGAAGCUGUUCGAAGCCUGUGCUACGAAGAAAGUAUCCUAGUCAGCUAUCCCUCGCUGGUGGCCCUUCUCCCGGCAAUAGGAGGAGUAGUCGUGGGACUACUACUCCUUCUGGGAGGACCCUUUCCACCUGGACUGCGGGGAACCGUGCAGCAGGUAGAUGACAAUGAUAUCACAGAUCAACUCCAAAUCCAAGGAAACUUUUUGCGCAAAUCUGCAGCAGCCGUCGCAACCCUUGGUACGGGAGCCAGCCUGGGUCCGGAAGGGCCGUGUGUCGAAAUUGGUAUCGAUGUGGCCAGGGCUUGUUCGUCCUUCAAUAGGCCAGUCCCCAGUCGAGAGGCCGGAGGGCCGUCGCCCCCCGCUACAUUAGAGGAGGAGGAAACCACACUAACUACGGCUAUCAAUCCCCAAAGAGCCUGGAAUCGAGUCCUCAUAUCGUGUGGAGCGGCUGCUGGGGUGGCUGCCGGAUUCAAUGCUCCCCUGGCCGGAGUGUUCUUUGCAUUGGAAAUCAUGCAAAACACGUUCCAGUCCAUUGACGAAGACCGUGCCACUGCCGCCGCAAAGAUCGGCGACAGUUACAAUCCGCCACCAUCCGCCUUGAUGACCUCGACUACCACCAUCACUCCUAUACUGCUGGCUUCGGUCCUUUCGGCAUUGACAUCGGAAACGCUCCUUGGAAAUGAACUUGUGCUCCAGCUCAGCCAGUUCAACCUGGAAACACCCUUGCUGGAGCUUCCACUUUACCUUCUCCUAGGUGCCUUGUCUGGUGUCGUUGCCUUUGUCUUUACCUAUUCCGCCAAGAUUAGUCAACAAUUCUUCCAGGGUGAUCUAGGGGCUGAUGCUGUCAAAAGCACCAUGAACUCAAUUCCUGAACCAGUCAAACCAGUGAUUGGUGGUCUCAUUUGUGGACUUGUGGGACUUGCAUUUCCUCAAAUUCUCUUCUUUGGAUACGAAACACUAAACUCACUCCUCAAGAACAAUUCGCUGCUUCCCGUGGGGCUCAUUUUAUCGUUGCUCGUCGUCAAGACGAUUACCACAGCCCUAUCGGCGGGAUCCGGAUUGGUCGGAGGAACCUUUGCUCCGUCCCUCUUUCUAGGAGCCAUGCUGGGAGGAGCAUUCCACGAUGGAGUGGACACAGCCUUGAAUUCUCUUGCCACGCAACUUCCGUCAGUUUCAGUUCUCGUCAUGCAGCCAGACGAAUCGGUGCACAUUGCCGGAGUGGCCGCGUACGCCAUGGUGGGUGCCGCGAGUGUGCUUGCAGCUCUUUUUCGGGCGCCCCUGACGGCCAGUCUGUUGCUGUUUGAGGUUACCCGAAACUAUGAUGUCAUUCUACCGCUCAUGGCAAGUGCUGGUGUGGGAAGCAUCGUUGGAGAUAUUUUGGAGGAUCGACUGGAACGACGAGAUCAGAUGCAACGGAGAGACAAGGAUCCCGUGUCGUGGGGAGACUUGUCCCUAGUAGAGGGACCAACGGUUGAUGGUGAAACAUUGAGGAACAUUGCCUAUGGCAGCAUGAAGAAAGAACAAGUGCUUGAGGCGAACACUCCAGGGAGGAGUCCAUCACCGAAGCAACCAGUGGAUCAACAACCUGCCAGUGAAGAAGCCGUGUCACAAUGAUGACUACUUGCUAGUAGUAAGCUUUGCUUUAUAUGACCUGUUCCAGAACGUGUCAUUCCGUUCUUUUAAGCUGCUGGAACGAAGGAACUAGCGUCGAUGUGUAGCUCGUAGUGCCCGUCUUCCUUUCCACGGUACAAUGGUAAAUCUAGUGAAGCCAGCAUUGCCCUGCGAGCACCCUCCACAGCAAUGGGGCCAUUCUCCAUAGCCCACGGUCCACACUGAGGUAGAUUGCGUAUGGAUAUCGAGAGCAACUCAGACGUAGAUAAUCC